AUGGCGGCCGUGGCCCGGGAGGCUGGAGCUUCGGUUGCUCCAUCCCUUUGUGCAGCCGAAAACACAGCUCCAGAGGCGGGGUGCUCAGGCCAGAGCCUCCCGGGGUUCUCCACGGACCUCCCCUCAGGACUAAGCCCCGUCCCAAACCCGCCAUCCCCGCGGCUGUGCGCACCGUUCACCGACAAGGACGGGGUUAGCACGGAGGCUAACGCUAACACGGAGCUACAGAGCGCUCCCCGCGCAGACACAGAACUUUCCCCACCUCUGUGGGACUCUGGAGGGGGUAAUGCUUUGUGUGAAUCGGGGCCUGGAGCGGAACAGGACCCAGUGCAGUCUGCAGUUUCCCCUCUGUCUCUGCCUGCGGCCCCUGAGGCCCCCGAAGCAGGACUGUCUCUGGGACAGCCUGACGGUCCAGACCGGGCCUGUACCGGGAGGACUGCGGGGGGGAUUGAGAGAGAGGUGUGUGAUGUGAGGACUGCGGGGGGAGAGCUGUGUGACGCGGACAGGACUAGGAGGUCUGGCACACAGCGACCAGAGACCCCUCCGGUUCCAGCCAUCCUGGACCCAGAUCAGACCCGGCCAGGACCCGCGGACCCGGAAGCCGAUCCGGAGCUCAGGUCCGGGACUCACGUGCGUGUGUCUCUGGAUCACGUGAUUGACGAUGCACUCGUGGUCUCGUAUCGCGUAGGAAACAAGGUGUUCUCCGGUGUGUUAAUGGACCUUUCCCACAGGUUCGGCCCGUAUGGAAUCCCCAUCUCUACUUUUCCUGUUCGUCAAGAGUCGUCACGGCGACACAUCUCUGCCUCUCCCCCUGAUGAAGCCCUGCCCCCUGCUGAAGCCACGCCCCCCGACCCUGUGCAGACUCCACUGUUCCACCAGGGGGCGCCCUACCCCCCUCCUCUGUUCCUCAGAGACUCUUAUCACCAGGGUCUGCCGCAGCCUCCUCCUCGCCGCAUCAAACGUUCACGCCGUCGCUACGGCAACAGCGAGGAGCCCACCUGCAUGUUAGUGAGGCUCCGCCCCCGCCAGGUGCUGUGUGACAGGUGUAAAGGUGUGGCCAGCACUCGCCCCGCCCCCUCCACCCGCCGACGUCCAAACUCCGAACCUCUGGACGAAAACCUGCCCACUGAAGUGAAGCGACUGCGCUGUGAUGACUCCAGGCCGAGACCGCGACGGGACGAGUCCAGGCCCGAGUCUAGGCCGCGACGGGACGAGUCCAGGCCCGAGUCUAGGCCGCGACGGGACGAGUCCAGGCCCGAGUCUAGGCCGCGGCGGGACGAGUCCAGGCCCGAGUCUAGGCCGAGGCGGGAAGCCUCCAGGGGCCCCGCACCUACCCCAGGAGCCCCCAGAGACCCACAGACUGAGGUCAAACGUCUGCGAUGCGACACCUCCAGACCUCCGCGGCGGGACGAUACUCGGGCACGCAGAGACCCGCCCAAAGGUCCCUCAGGCUCCGCCCCCAGACGAGCUCCUCCUCCCUCAGUGGGUGGAGCUAGAGAUCACAGAGGUCUCCGGUCUAAUGCUCCUGGGACCAGAGUCCUGACCCGGAGGAUCUCCUCAGCUCUGGCUCCGCCCAGAAUCCGACUAAAACCUCACAGGUACCGGACUGACCCAGAGCCCAGCCCCCCACCCCCAAAGACCAGACCUAGACCCGGACCAGACCUCAGACCAGAGACCAGAGUCCAGACGACCAAUAGGAACUGUAAACCUAAAGUGCAGACUAGAGUGUCCGGGCGACUGAGACCAGGGACUAAAGCGGGGACCAGGGUUGAACAGAAGGACCCAAAGACUCAGGACUCCAGACCCGAGGCCAGACCUGCUGACCCCCCCUUAAAACCACGCCUUUCCUCUCCCUCAGACCCCACCCCCUCACGUAGCCGCAGGAAACAGGUGUUCCCACAACCAACUCGAGAUUUUGACUUGGACUUCAUGGGCUGGUCUGGACCUGACUCUGACCAGGAACAAACUCAACCAGAAGUGAGACCAGAACCGAAACUUGCUCUGGACCAGAACUGUACCAAACCCUCCCCAGAGUCCAACCGUGAUCUCACUGACCUGGAUUCUGUUAAACCUAAGCCUGAAAACAUUACUGUCACAGAGACCCGACCAGGUCCCAGUCCAGACCCAAGUCUGGGGUCUGAGCCCGUCUAUGCCCACGGCCCGAAUCCCAGUUCACAUCAACAGACAGAGACUCCACCUGAUUCUAGCCCGGUCCAGAGACCAGACCUGGUUCUUCAUGAGUUUGAUGCAGAACCCAAACCUCUGGUCUUAAAAGACUCUCCUCCAAACCCUAAACUGGACCUGAAACCAGAACCAAGCCCUGACUUGGAUCCUGGACUUUCAACCAGCCUUAGUCCAUGCCUUAAUAAACCAGACCACAGCCCGAGCCACGGUCCAAACCUCAAUCUUGAGACUGGACUAAACCCCAGUCCUGAUCUAGAUCCCAGUCCUAGACUGGUGCCUGAUAUAGACUGUAGUCCAGACCAGAGUCCUUUCUCAGCGCCUGGUUCAGACUCAAACCCCUUUUCCCAAGCUUCUACCAGCCCUGACCCCCCCUCUCCUCGACCUGUGUCCAAAGCUCAGGCUGCAGACAGGUCUGAGGCCCCCUCCCAUCGACCCUUGCUCGAAGCUGUGGGUUCAAAAGGGUCAGACCCCCCCUGCCCUCCCCCCUUGCCUGAAGCUAUGGGUUCAGACGGGCCUGACCCACCCACCCGAGCCUCCCGACCUGUACCCAAAGCCGUGGGUUCAGACGGGCCUGACCCACCCACCCGAGCCUCCCGACCUGUACCCAAAGCCGUGGGUUCAGACGGGCCUGACCCACCCACCCGAGCCUCCCGACCUGUACCCAAAGCCGUGGGUUCAGACGGGCCUGACCCACCCACCCGAGCCUCCCACCCUUUGCCCAAAACGGUGGGUUCAAAAGGUCCGGACCCCCCCUGCCCUCCACCCUUGCCUGAAGCUAUAGGUUCAGACGGGCCUAACCCCCUCACCCGAGCCUCUCGACCUGUACCCAAACCCGUGGGUUCAGACGAGCCUGACCACCCCACCCGAGCCUCCCGACCUUUGCCCAAAAUGGUGGAAUCAGACGGGCCUGAUGCCCCUUCAAGAACCCCCCGGCUUGUGCCCAAAGUUGUGAGUGCAGACGGGCCUGACCCCCCCUCACGAGCCCCCCGACCUGUGCCCAAAACUGUGGGUGCAGACGGCCGUUGCGUUUGCGUGGGAGAUAUCGUGUGGGCCAAGAUCGCGGGCUUCCCCUGGUGGCCUGCAAAGGUCCUGUCUCUGACAGUGUGUCGCCGUGGUGACGGAGGCGGAACGGUCAAACAGGAAGUGCGCGUGGCUUGGUUUGGGUCACGCACCACGUCUGUGCUGCCGUUGAGUCACUCGUCUCCGUUUCUCGAGACGUUUCAGGCACGAUUUGACCGGAAGAGGAAGGGGCCGUACCGCCGCGCUAUCGCUGAGGCUGCUAGCGCCGCCAAGCAGCUAACACCUGAAGUGCGAGCGCUCAUCACCCAGUUUGAGACCUGA